AUGAGGAAGGCCCUUAAGGAAGAGGAAGAAACUGCAAGAUUCGGAUCGCUCCGUUGCGAAAUCCUCUUCUUUCUGGCCAGUGUCACAGCAGUCCGGCGACGACGAUCUGCUGGCUGCAGCGCUUUCUCUUCGCUCGUUUCUCGGAUCGUCCAUCGGACAGCUGCUGUGCAAGAAACCUCGGUGGCGGCGGCCACCGGGGCGCCCUUCCCGUACCGGUCUCCGCAACCCUCGGCUCCGCCGCAGGCGGUGACGCAGGAACAGGAGGGCUUCGCCGACGGCUUCGUUAAAGCUCUGGCCGAUCUGCACAAGCAGAACCAGCUGCUGGGGGUGCCCCCGGCGCCGCUGUCGCCCACCCAGCACCCGGGAGGGCCGUGCUGCCCGGCGUCCAGGCAGGAUCCCCCCGCCGUCUACACCACCUUAGGCAACUUCAACCCGGCCAGCCCAUCGGCCGGCGGCCCCUUCUUCUCUCCCCAGCCUGUGGCUCGCCUGCCCGCGCCCGGGGCUCCGCCGCCGCCGCCGCCUCCCUCGGGGCUUUCGUCCGGGGAGUCCCCUCCGCCGCCUUCCUCCUUGUCGCCGCUGGACGCGGAGAGCCAAGAGCGCCUGAAAGCGGAGCGCAAAAGACUGCGCAACCGCAUCGCCGCUUCCAAAUGCCGUCGGCGCAAGCUGGAGCGCAUCGCCCGCUUGGAGGAGAAGGUCAAGGCGCUCAAAGGCCAAAACGCCGAGCUGGCCGCCACCGCCAGCCUCCUCCGCGCCCAGGUCACCCAGCUGCAAGGUCGAGUCCGGAGCCACCUCUCCAGCGGAUGUCACAUCAACGCAGCCGCGGCAGCCCCCGCGCAGACCUUGGCAGUGGGCCCUCAGCCCCCCGGCAGGGAGGCGCCCACAGAGCCGGAGACCAGUGCUUGCUGAAGCCGCGUGGCCCCCAACACGGAGAGACCCAUCGUGCACCCAACUUUGCCAUGCACGGCAGAAAGGGGAUUAGACCUUGAUCCUGGUCUUGGGAAGGGCCCGGGAGCACCGCCUUCAGUUCCAUACCCUCGCAGAGUUCCUCAUUCAUCUGAAAAGCUGAAGUAGACGGGAAAGAUUCCUCUUCUACAAAACCCUACAGGUAUCUUACCAGCUUCUGAUGGAAGUCGGAAGAGCCAGAGAAGAACUUGGUGUAAUGAGGGAGAGGUAAACAUGCCAGAAACAACAUCCUAUGGAACAGAGUUGGACUUUGCAGUGUUCGCCUUUCUAGAAACAACUUCUUAAAAAUAACAUCAGUCAACGUUAAGCAAAGGUUGGCUAUUUCAAGCAUCUCCAACAACCAGCAGGUUUCCUGCCAGCCACCUAAGUAAUGAAAGUAAUACUGAGAUUGUUAAUAACCAGCUGGAGGUAAUGUCACUGGAAUGCCGAAGUGUUUAGAGGGAAAGAGGAAAGCGUCAAGCUGCUCCAACGGAUGCCACUCUGACCAUCUUCAGCUCCGUGAAGAAGUCUGGGGCUGGGUUCGUUCUUGAUCUUCAGAAAGCUCCGGCUGAUUUUCCUGGCUUUCCUUCCCUGCUUAAAAGAAGCAGCAGAGCGUUGCUGACUAGACAUAAAAAUGUGUCUUGUUGCUGGAAAUCCAAAGGUCUCUUCAAAGAUCAUGCCUGUGGACAAAAGUUAUCUUUGUGGAAGACUUUUAUAUGUUUUAGAGAUUCUUGAAUUUUAUUUUUAUUCUGUGGUUGAAGGUCAUUGAGUUUAACCUGCAUAGCAUUUCUGCAAAAAAAGUUACCAGGGACGGUUAAAGAAACUCCAGUAUGUUUUACUGCAGGUGUAUUUACAGCUUUCUAAUAAACUGUGUAGAUUUUCUAAGAUGGGAUAUUAAGGGAAUGGUAAUGUGUUUGUAUAUCAUGCAUAUUACUAGCCAUUUCAGUAGAUAAAUCAUAUUUUUAGAGAUAGCAGCUCUAGAGUUUCCCAGUGGAUAGAGUUGUGAAAUGUUUUUCAAGAUUUAGAAGAAUUGUGCAGUUAAGUCAAUUUUGUGUACAGACUAUUUGUUAUUUGCUUGCUUUAGAGGCUUUCUAGAGUUGCUCAAAGCUUGAGAGACACUAAAUGUAUAUGUUUAGGAGGAGAACUACGGAGCGUGUGGCUGGGUGAUUUUUCUUGACAUACAAUAGAAAGCAGUCACAUAAUUUGUUGCUAUGAAAAUGUUGCCGUUCAAGCUAAUUUCAGUUUCUGAUGUUGGAGAUUUAACCUACUAUGCCACAUAAAAUAUUUAUUUAAAAAGCAGAUUUUAAGAAAAUGCUUUUCACCCCUAGAUCUAUAAGCUCUAUAUUAUUUCUUGCGCCAGCACAAAGUUGGGGUAUGGGUGCACUUAUUUAUUAAAACUAUAGGAUGUCUGUUUAUUUUUAUAACAUGCAAGGGGAUAAAAGAAAUCUUUUUCAAAGAAAAAUAUCAAAUGUUUUAUCUUUCACAGUAUACAUUCCAGCUGUAAUUGCUCUCAGUAUGAUCACGACUAUAGUGCUUUACAGAGAAAAAUUAGAUUUUUUUUUAGAAAAAUGAAAAGAUAAAACAGUUAAUUCAAUUAUGUUUUGAAUAAUUCAUAGAACCAAUUCAUAGAAAUGUAGAUAGCCAUAUAUUUUUAGAAGAACUGUGUAUAAGCUAUUUUAUUUUGUCCUUAAUGUAAAAAAAAAUGUUGUUCUCAGGAUGGAAGGUGGAAAGUGAAUUUAUAAGCUGAGUUCGAAAGGUUUGUUGAGUUUUAUUUUAAAAUGGGAUCAGAAAAAAAGCAUUGUUUCUUGCUUGUUUUUAUUAAGGGUUUUGACAGUUUUAUUAGUAACUCUGCCAAAUGGUUUAUCAUGGAUGACAGCCCUCCCUACCAACAUAUUUCAUUGUAUAGCUUUAGAGAACAGUUCAGAUAUUUCUCCAGAUGCAGUUUUCUUAUGUCCUGUGAUUUUAUUUUCUGUUUCAGCUAUAACUUUCCAUGCAAUAGGAAUCCUUGCUUUGCCUGGAAAUAUUGUGUGCAAAAAGACCCUGUGGCACAGUUGAUUUCUCUUUCAUGCAGCAGUAUUGACUUAACUCUGAUUAAUAGGGUGAUAUUAAUAGAUAUAGCUGUCUAUAAGGGAGUCAGUUUCCAGUAGAAAUGAUAAUUGAGAGCUUUUCAACUUGGAAUCCUCUCAUUGUAAGUGUGAAAUAAUCCACCUUGGCAUUUUAGGAGCAGAGGGAAAAUUGUGGUGAAGAAAACCUACAUUAAUUUGAUUAAGCCAUCUUGUAUUGAUUGGCAAAGAUACGUUAAUAGUAUAGUCCUUCUCUGUCUCCCCCCCCCCCAAUAUGUUAUUUUUUUUUCUCUUUUGGAAUGCAAAUCCAUCAUAAUAUUCUCAAUGUGGUCAGCAGUGUGAAUAGUUUUCUUUCCAAUUUUGUUAACAGUUCAAAAACACAUGUUUUCAAAUUCUCUAUAGAAGACGUAACAGUGAAGUAGGAAAAUUUCUCAGGUAGAAAAUAUUAAUAUAAUAUUCCAUUCUGUUCUGGAAUAUUAAAUUUUGGAAAAGGAGCAAAGUCUCAGAAAAGUCAUGGUUAUUCUUUCUUCAAAACAGCAACCUGUUUCUUAACUUCUCCAAAAAGGACACAUCGUAACUAAAGCUGCUUUGAUCUUGUCACUUAGACAAUUCAUUAUCCUGAUAAUGCUGUAUGUUGUAACAGAUUUUGCCAAAAACAUGUUGUGCUUGAAAUGUUUGCAGUGUUUUAAGUUGUUUGCCUUUUUCCUAGCCUAUUUGGCUAAUAUUGCCAAUGUAUGCAGUUUCUUAUGAUUUUUUCUGUCAGCAUUUCUCUGAAUACCAUGUAUUUUGGACAGAAUUAAUUCCUAGAUCUCAUGUUUUUAAUAUUGUAUUUUAAUUUUUUUUUUCAUGUACUAACCAGUCUGCCCGUGUCUUUGAAAUCCUGUUUACAUGCUGCAUCAUUUGUGGCUGAAUGUCUUUAAUUGCUGAUGAAAUGGGAAUACUCCUAUUCCCAAGUGAAGAGAUUUCAUCCCUAUGCAGUGUUUGUCUUCACCCACCAAAAUUCUGGGUAUUUGUUUUUCAGACACAAAUUAGUAUCUGAGUAAACAUUCCUUUAAGAGGUGCUUUUCUCAUUGGUUCUGAUUGCUGUUUUUUUUUUUCUUUUUUGCCUGUGCCUAUGAACUACUGUUACAGAGCUAUUUGAUUUGUUUUUAUACACUUUGUCUCUUGCACUUUAAAUAAUUAUAAGAACAACCCACUCCCCCAAAUUCCAGGCUGAAUGGUACUUACCUGUCUUAAGAAUUCAUUAGGCAAAUGUCCCAUUCUAAUGUCGUUGGUGGUUCAGGUGAUGUCCAUUGUUGAAACUGACAUAAAAUCUCCUUGCAAGGAAAGAAAAAAAUGUCUUUGGGGGACUUGAAAUCUUAUCCCUGAAUCCAGGAGGGGUUGUUUGGCAGCUGGUUUUCUUGUGCACUUCUCCAGUUCAUGUGAACACUCAGGUGAUUGUGUGGCUAAAAAGGCUGACUAAUUUUUGUUGCUAACUUGGUGAGUGAUGAUGUAUCACAACUCCUACCCAACGGUUCUUUUUUAACUUACCGAUGGAAUUGUUUCUGGUUCUAUUUUAGAAUGCUUGUCAUUGGAUAGAAACGUACAUUCAGGUAUGGACUCACUCUGGAAACACUCAUCAUUAUAGGUUUUGUAGGGAUGGCUGCAAAACACUGCAUGUUUUCACAGCAAGUUUUUUAUUUGUUGUAAGAAAAUCAUUGUUGGCUUUAUGAGAAAUCCACUGUUAGCUUGAAAAUUUCAAUUAAUUGAAUGAAGUAGUAUUUUCUCAUUGAACUGUUAGUGGACCAUUGAUGUUAAUUAUGAUAGUAUGUUUUUCCCUGGAAGUUGUGGAAAGUUUAUUAGUAUUAAAUGAAUUCUUAAGACGUUAGGGCAAGAGUCAAGCAAAUUCAUAUACUUUUAAACCCCAUUGAUUUCAAUCAGAGCAUGUUCUUAACUCUGCCAUUGAAAUCAUAUGCAAUAUAAAUGUGCUUAACUUUGGCUGGAGCAUUGCUUAGCUUUUUAUAUUGCUGCCAGAAAGCAUUUUAAUAAUGUGUAUCUGGAACGGAAGGAUGUAUAAAUCAAACACAGGCAUUGGUGCAGGUUACUGUAAUUUCUUGCUUUCUGUUGCAAAGCUGAAUCUGUUUUAGUCUGACAAUAUUUCUAUUGCUCAAUAAACUUCAGAGUGAUUUCUUUGCUGUGUUAAUUGUUGUCAGUAUUUCCCCACUGUUGAGCAGUUGCACCUAAAUAAACACCUGUUCCUUUGAUCAGAGGUAUUUAACUUGAUAACUAGCUGUACUUUUUGCCGACAGUCAGACGCAAUCAUAGAAAUUAAUUUUUGUCUUUUGCAUAUUUAAGUGGUAUUGUUUAAAAAAGUAAAAGUAUAAUUUUACGUUUAAGACUGUUUCUAUGCAUGAUUAAUCCUAGAGAUGCUUAUUUGGAAGAU